AUGGCUCUACGAUUACUUCUUCCAAAUCGUAUAAUAAUUCCUCAACGGACAUCAUUAAUACGUCUUUGUCGUUAUUAUACACCGCUUACUUUUGAGCAUCGUUCAACAAUCAAUCCACCUUCGAUAUCCAAUUCUUCUCUUUAUUCUCCUCAAUUUAAAACUAAUACUUCAUUACUAUCAACAAAUAGUGCAUAUUUUCUUUCAUUAAAAUAUUCUUCAUCAUCAUCGUCAUCGAAUCCGCCCUCAUCAUCGGAUGGAAAUACUCCAUCACCUCCUUCGGAUGGAAAUUCUUCUUCUUCUUCCUCGUCCUCCUCAUCAUCAUCAUCUUCAAAUAGUGGAAAUAAUCAUAAUGAUGGACAUAAUGAAUCAGGAGAUAGUACAGUACCAGUCGUAAUUCAAGCAGGAAAUCCUUUAAUGCCUGUUGAAGUUCCAGAAAACUAUCCAAUUGUUCCAUUAAUACCUGUUUCACGUCAUCCAUUAUUUCCAAAAUUUAUAAAAAUGCUUGAAAUAACAAAUAAAGAUUUAAUGGAAUUAAUACGACGAAAAGUUAAAUUAAAUCAACCCUAUGCUGGUAUAUUUUUACGUAAAGAAACAUCUGCAACAAAUGAAAAAGCAUCAACUUCAGAUGAAAAAACAACAUCAACAACAACGCUAGAUUCAAAAACAUCAUCGGAAACAGUUAAAGAUAAAGAAAGAAAUUCAACUAUAGUAACAUCUGAUGUUGUUAAAAAUCUUGAUGAAGUUUAUAAAAUUGGUUCAUUUGUACAAAUUCAUGAAGUACAUGAUAUGGGUGAUCGAUUACGAAUGAUUGUUAUGGCUCAUCGAAGAAUUAAAAUUGUUGGUCUUGCAUCGGAUGCAUUAGGUAUAGAAGAUAUAGAUCGAAAACGACCUCAACCAAAAUCUAAUAAUAAUAAUCGAAGACGACAAAAAAGAAAAGAUGAACCUGCUGUAGCAGAAGAAAUAACUGCUGAACCUACACCAACAACUUCAUCAUCACCAUCACCUGCUAGUGAUGAACCUAUUGUUGUGAAUAAAAUUUUAUUAGUCAAUACGGAAAAUGUUACUCAUAAUGAAUAUGAACAAACACCAGAAUUGAAGGCAUUAACUGCAGAACUUGUGAAAACAAUACGAGAUAUAGUUGCAUUAAAUCCAUUCUACAGAGAAUCAAUUGCCGCUCUUAUCCAUAGUGGACAACGAGCUGAUCAUCCUGUUUAUUUAAGUGAUUUAGGUGCAGCUCUUACAAGUGCUGAAGGUAUUGAACAACAAGCUGUUAUGGAAGAAAUGAAUAUUCCAAAUCGAUUGAUGUUAACAUUAAGUUUAUUAAAGAAAGAAUUAGAAAUGAGUCGUCUUCAACAAAAAAUCGGUAAAGAAGUUGAAGAAAAAGUGAAUAAACAACAUAGAAAAUUUAUGUUAAUGGAACAAUUACGUAUUAUCAAAAAAGAAUUAGGUCUUGAAAAAGAUGAUAAAGAAGCUAUGAAUGAUAAAUUUCGUACAAGAUUGAAAGAACUGAAUAUACCACCACAUGUUAAAAUAGUCAUUGAUGAAGAAUUAGAACGUUUAAAUAUUCUUGAAAAACAUUCAGCAGAAUUUAAUAUUUGUACAAAUUAUCUUGAUUGGUUGACAAGUCUUCCAUGGGGAAAGACAAGUGAAGAAAAAACUGAUCUUGAUCAUGCACAAAAAGUACUUGAUGAAGAUCAUCAUGGCAUGGAAGAUAUUAAAAAACGAAUUCUUGAAUUUAUUGCAGUUAGUCAUUUAAAAAAAUCAACUCAUGGAAAAAUUCUUUGUUUUUAUGGACCACCAGGUGUUGGAAAAACAAGUGUUGCGAAAUCAAUUGCCCGAGCACUCAAUCGAGAAUAUUUUCGAUUUAGUGUUGGAGGUAUGCAUGAUACAGCAGAAAUCAAAGGUCAUCGUCGAACAUAUGUUGGUGCAAUGCCAGGAAAAAUGAUUCAAUGUUUAAAAAAAACUAAAACAGAAAAUCCACUUGUAUUAAUUGAUGAAAUAGAUAAAAUUGGUCGUGGUGGUUUUCAUGGUGAUCCAUCAGCUGCAUUACUUGAAAUGCUUGAUCCAGAACAAAAUGCAAAUUUUCUUGAUCAUUAUCUUGAUGUUCCAAUUGAUCUUUCAAAAGUACUAUUUAUUUGUACGGCAAAUGUAUUAGAUACGAUUCCUGAACCAUUAAGAGAUCGUAUGGAACUUAUUGAAGUAUCUGGAUAUGUAGCUGAAGAAAAAUUAGCUAUUGCAAAAAAUUAUUUAAUACCAUUUGCAAUAAAACAAACAGCUGUUAAAGAUACUAAUAUUGAAAUAACAGAUUCAGCUUUAAUGCGUCUUAUUAAAGCUUAUUGUCGUGAGAGUGGUGUUCGAAAUUUACAGAAACAUAUUGAAAAAAUUUUUCGAAAAGUUGCAUUUAAAAUUGUUAAAGAAGGUGAAAAUAAAGUUGUCGUGGAUGAUGGAAAUCUACAAGACUUUGUUGGAAAACCAAUCUAUACAUCAGAUAGAAUGUAUGAAUUAACACCACCAGGUGUUUCAAUGGGUCUUGCAUGGACAGCUAACGGUGGAAGUGUUCUUUUUAUUGAAUCAAGCCUUAUUAAUCCCAUUGAAGCAUUAGAUAGAUCGAAUACUUCAACAAAAGAUGAUAAGAGUAGUGGAAUAACUGGUAGUUUAACAUUAACUGGUAAAUUAGGUGAUGUUAUGAAAGAAAGUUGUAAAAUUGCAUUGACUUAUGCGAAAUCAUAUUUACAACACAUCGAUCCUAAUAAUCGAUCAUUACGUAUUGGUCAUAUACAUAUUCAUGUACCUGAAGGAGCAACACCAAAAGAUGGUCCAUCAGCUGGUUGUACAAUAAUUACAGCAUUAUUAUCACUUGCUUUAAAUAAACCAAUAAAACAAAAUGUUGCUAUGACUGGUGAAGUAUCAUUAACUGGUCGAGUUUUACCUGUUGGUGGAAUAAAAGAAAAAGUUAUUGCUGCUAAACGAGCAAAUGUUCAUACCGUUAUAUUACCAUAUGAAAAUCAAAAAGAUUAUAAUGAUCUUCAAGAUUUUAUUAAAGAUGGUCUUACAAUACAUUUUGCUAAAACAUACGAUGAUGGUUUUGGAAAUGUUGGUCUUCAUUCUACACGUUAUUUAACUCGACAUGGUGCAAAAUGUGUUGGUGUACUUGAAUAUGAUGCAGCUAUUAUUAAUCCCGAUGGCAUUGAUCCAAAAGAAUUAGAAGAUUAUAAAUUAGAAAAGGGUACAAUUAAAGGUUUUCCCGGUGCUAAACCAUAUGAUAAAGAUCCAAAAGAAGAAUUACUUUGCGAACAAUGUGAUAUUCUUGUACCAGCAGCAAGUGAACGACAAAUUACAUCAGAAAAUGCUCAUCGUAUAAAAGCUCGAAUCAUUGCUGAAGGUGCCAAUGGACCAACAACACCUGAAGCUGACGUCAUUUUAUUGAAAAACAAUGUACUUGUUAUUCCAGAUUUAUAUAUCAAUGCUGGUGGUGUAACUGUUUCAUAUUUUGAAUGGUUAAAAAAUUUAAGUCAUGUCAGCUAUGGUCGAUUAACAUUUAAAUAUCAACGUGAUACUAAUUAUUCUUUACUUGAAUCAGUUCAAGGUUCAUUAGAAUCUAAAUUUGGUCGUAUGGGUGGAAAAAUUCCAAUUGUUCCAAGUGAAGAAUUUUUUAAACGUAUGGCUGGUGCUUCAGAAAAAGAUAUUGUACAUUCAGGUCUUGAACAAACAAUGGAAAAAUCUGCACGUGCUAUUAUGCAAACAGCAAUGCGUUAUAAUCUUGGACUUGAUAUUCGUACAGCAGCAUAUGUCAAUGCGAUUGAAAAAAUUUAUAAUGUUUAUGUUAGUGCUGGUAUUACAUUUGGACAAUAG